AUGGCCACCUCCUCUUUCUCGAGCCUUGUGACACUUCUGAGUCUCCUCAGCCUUCCGCUAGCCACCAACGCUGCACUCUACGAUACCGUUAUCCACACUGCGUAUGGUGACGUCCAAGGAUACCCGGCAUUCAACAGCAGUCCCGCCGGUAACUUGACCAAUUGGCGGGAUAUCACGGUAUGGAAAGGCAUCCCAUUUGCAGCAACCACGGCUGGGAACAACCGCUUUCGCGAGCCGCAGCCUGCUGUGGGGUGGAACAGCACGCUCUAUGCGUCUAAUUGGGGACCCGUCUGCCCGGCUGCCACAUCUGGUCAAAGCGAUUACACCAUCGCUGAGGAUUGUUUAAAUCUCAACAUCUGGAGUGCUGCAAACUCAUCAAGCGCAAAGCUUCCGGUUGUUAUGUGGAGCUAUCCGGCAGAAUCGACAGCUGCAGAUGCUCUAUUCAACGGCGGCGGCAUGGCUGACAAAGGGGUUGUGUUUGUCAACUACAACUACCGCACUGGCUCGUUCGGUUGGUUGUCUCACCCACAGCUCUCGCAAGAGUUUGCAGCAAGCCCCGGCCACAAUAGCUCCGGGAACUGGGGCUUGUUGGAUCAGUUCGCGGCGCUGAAGUGGAUUCGUGCAAAUAUUGCAGAUUUCGGAGGUGAUCCAGACCACAUUACCGUGAUGGGACAAUCUGCGGGCUCCGCUGCAACAUAUCAUAUUGUGAAUAGUCCGCUCACCGAAGGAUUGAUAGUGGGAGCUAUCAUUGAAAGCGGUGUACGUGACCCUCACGACCCCCUGGCCAGCACCGUCGCAGAGGGCUACAUCAGUCUCGAGGAAAGUCUGGAACAGGGAAUCAAGUUUCUCGACUACCUCAACGUGAGCACUAUCGCGGAAGCACGCGCGCUGCCUUAUGCAGAUCUAGUCACCAGCUUGGCGACUCUUGGAAGCACGAGCGAGUGGACAUUCACAGCCUGCCUGGAUUAUUACGCCAUCCCUAGCACAUACUAUGAUUCUCUGGUCCACGGAGCCGCAAAUCAAGUCCCUGUAUUGACAGGAAAUACCAAGGACGAGAGCGGUGCGACUUACGGAUUGACCAUUACCCUUGAGGAGUAUUACGCCGACUUGAACGAGACAUAUAAUGGCACAUGGAUCCAACGUUUCUUGGACCUCUAUCCAGCAAACAACUCCAUCACGGCCUCUGGGGCGUACAAUUCCCAAUGGACGGACCGUUCUAAAGUCGGCACGUACCUUUGGACUCAGCUAUGGAAGAACGCAUCUAAUCAAACCGUGUACAAUUACUUCUGGAACCACGCACCUCCAGGACAGACCCAGGGCGCAUACCACGAAUCUGAGAUCAAUUACGUCCUGAACAAUUUAUACGACACUGAUCUUCCCUGGGCGUCGAAUGACUACAAGAUCGCCGCAACGAUGAAUAGUUACUGGGUAAAUUUCAUCAAGACUGGAAACCCCAACGGUCCAGGUCUUGUGCACUGGCCUGCUUGUGGGACCAACGCCUCUGUUCAAGUGGUCGGCAAUGAGUUUGAGCAAGCUACUGUCGCUGAUCCCGCGAAGGUGAAGCUUUACGAAGAGUAUUUUGCAGGCUUGAAGGUUUAUUAG